GCAGGCAGCGGCAGAAGCCGCGCUGUUCCAGCGGCGUGUGUGCGUCGCCUUCCUUCUGCCCUGCCCCUUUCGGCUCACUGAGCCCAAAACAAGGGAGUGAGAAGCAGCCUGACAGAAAGUCGGUUCUCGACCGCAGGCGAGUGCGCGCCGAGGACGACGGAGUUCCCUCACUUCUCCCUCCCUCUCAGAGAUCCGGGCCAAUCAGCGGAGGCGUCGCGACUGCGCAGCCGCACGGAACCUGCGCCGGCAAGGCUGGCUGCGGCUCAAGUGCCUCGUAGCACGGAAGCGUGUGUGCGCUCCUCUGUCGGUACUUCAGUUGUAGGCUCUGCGCAGUCGCACCAGAGCCCCGCCCGUCCUGUCAAUACUCUUAUUUCCUGCUCGCUCCCAGUUGCCGAGGCACCCUAGGUCUUACUUGUUGUUCUCUCUUCCUUAUUCUUUCACUGCGUCUUCUGAAAGUAAUAGACGAAGACAAGCCGGAGGGCUGGCUGCUGCAGAGCACUUGUUUUCGUAGCCCGUAGGCAAAAGGGUUUUUCAGCAAGGGCGAGCCAUGCCCGGGCCUUUUUCUGUGCUCAAACUUCUACCCAGCAACAGAAGCUCCAGCCCCGCCCUUAGCCUCUCUCAUUGGCCAUCUUGAAUCGUAGUCUGUUGCUCUGAUUGGUCAUCUGAUAUCGUGCGGCUUUUUUUCUUAUUGGAGAAGUGGCCGGGAAUUUUUUUUUUCCGGGUUGAUCCGCUGGGAAGGCGGGGUCAUUUCUGCGGGAUUACUUUUCUGGACUCGUUUCUGAUUGGGUAGUGUGACGCAAUGCGCGCGCCCCUAUUAGAUGCUAAACUGCUGGGAAGCCGGCUCUUUUACUCUCGUUGCUCCGGCUCUUAAACUGAAUACCUGGAGGAAACUUCCGGGCUUGGCCACUGUAGUCUUGCGGUUGUUGUGCUUGCCGGUGCCUAUGGCAUCUUCUGUCUCGCCUGCAGACUGGAGGCUCAGGCCUCAUUUACUUCGAUCCCUUAAUUAACAGCAGAGACAUCGACAAAUGCUUGUUGAAUAAGGACAAAUAAAGAGCUUGGGAAGGAGUGAAGCCUUUUUGACUUGUUUCAGUUGUUCCCGCCUACUCCAUCUUCUUCCAGCAAUUCUAACAGUCAUGGAGAAGCGCCUGCAGGAGGCUCAGCUGUUCAAGGAGGAGGGGAACCAGCGCUACCGGGAAGGGAAGUACCGAGAUGCUGUUAGUAGGUACCAUCGAGCUCUUCUUCAGCUGCGGGGCCUGGAUCCAAGUCUGCCAUCCCCGAUACCCAACCUAGGACCUGAGGGCCCAGCUCUCACGUCAGAGCAAGAAAACAUACUGCACACCACCCAGACCGACUGCUACAACAACCUCGCGGCCUGUCUCCUCCAGAUGGAGCCAGUGAACUACGAACGAGUAAGGGAAUACAGUCAGAAAGUCCUAGAACGACAACCUGAUAAUGCCAAGGCCUUGUAUCGGGCUGGAGUAGCCUUCUUCCACCUGCAGGACUAUGACCAGGCUCGGCACUACCUGCUAGCUGCCGUCAAUAGACAACCUAAAGAUGCCAAUGUCCGGCGGUAUCUCCAGUUGACACAAUCAGAACUCAGCAACUAUCAUAGAAAAGAGAAGCAGCUGUAUCUGGGCAUGUUUGGUUAAA